CACUCCUGUAAUAACUAGAUAUCCCUAUCAUAAACGUAAUUCCAUGUACGUCGGCACAAUACUCUGUUGGGUGUCUCUCUUCGCUGCUAGCUACACCACUAAGGUCAUACAACUAGUUGCAUUACAAGGAGCCUUGUAUGCUAUCGGAGGAUCAUUGCUCUACAUUCCCUGCAUGUCUUAUCUAUCCGAAUGGUUCAAUCGCAAGCGUGGAUUUGCUAAUGGCGCAGUCUUCGCCGGAACAGCAGUGGGAGGCAUCCUCCUCCCCCUCAUUUUACCCUCGUUAUUAUCCUCACAUGGUCCUCCCAAAACAUUGCGAAUUCUAUCCAUUGCAACAGUUCUUCUUAUUGUACCCCUGCUUCCUCUAAUCAAAGGCCGUUUGCCUGAAUCUCGCAUACGAGCCAUGGGACCAACCCCACGGGGUCGAGGGAACUCAGAGUGGACAAGAAGUAUGUCAUUUUGGGUUUUAGUGGUUGCCAAUACUUUCCAGGGAUUUGGAUAUUUUGUGCCGAUUGUUUGGCUUCCUACAUUUGCCAGUGAUCUGAACCUCAGCAACUCGAUUGCAUCAAUCGCUCUGGCGCUACUCAACUGCGGCUCUUUAAUAGGUCGACUAGCAACAGGUUACCUCUCCGAUAAAAUCAAUCCCUGGCUCUUGGGACUCUCAACAUUAGCCUCCACAUCUGCAGUAACAUUUAUACUUUGGGGUGUUUUAUCAUAUAAUCUCGCUGGAUUGCUAUCGUUCAGUUUAGCUUACGGGAUCGUUGCUGGAGGCUGGUCGAGCACAUGGAACGGGUUUAUUAAGCCUUUGAGCGUCAAUGAUCCGAAUCUCUCCACCACUCUUUUUGGAGUCCUACUCUUCUCUCGUGGUAUAGGGAAUAUAUUCUCUACACCCAUUUCUUCUGCGUUGACAAGCUUGGAUUCUAACUCUACAACUUCAUUUUUCACGCAUGCUUUUGAUCACUCUGAACACCUUGGUUUCGACGUUGGCGGGGGGAAGUUUGAGAAAAUGAUUGUGUAUGUAGGAAUGUGUUUCGCGGGCGCUGCCUUGAUCGCGUUGGUGGGUUGGGGAAUGGAUGCAGCGAGGCGACAUAGGUCAUCUGAAAGGCAAGCGGGUCAGGAGUAGCUAAGCUGAAUGUCACGCUAAGAAAUUGGUAUAAUAGACCGUUGCUCAAGCACUGCCAACUGCGCGAUUGUAAUUUGUGUAUCACUUCGAUAACCAGAUAACCAGAAAUUUUGUUCUCAUUGCUCAUCGAUAGAGCUUACGCAACCGGCGAGAGAUCACGUACA